AUGGCGGGUGGUGAGCAUACAUUCGGUAGGAAGACAUUUCACAAGCCAACCUAUUGCCAUCACUGUUCGGAUCUGCUGUGGGGGCUCAUCGGACAAGGAUACAUCUGUGAAGUGUGCAACUUUAUAGUACACGAAAAGUGCGUUACCAAUAUCGUGACACCGUGCACGGGCAUCGCACCGUACCUUAUCCGGAACCCGGUCGCACACUGUUGGUCCGAACCGUCGCACCACAAGCGCAAGUUUUGUUCGGUUUGUCGUAAGCGAUUAGAUGAAACUCCCGCCGUUCAUUGCUUGAUAUGUGAGUACUUUGCACAUGUCGAGUGCCAGGAUUUUGCCAUCCCCGACUGUAAGGAGAAUGCAACCUACGUCCCGGGUAAGGAAUUGGGCCACGUCAAACAUCAGCAUCACUGGCGUGAAGGCAACCUGCCACAAUCGUCCAAGUGUGCGUACUGCAAGAAGACAUGCUGGUCUUACGAAUGCCUUACAGGUUAUCGUUGCGAAUGGUGUGGCACCACCACCCAUGGCGGAUGCAGAAACAACAUCCCGGCCGAAUGUACGUUCGGCACGCUGCAACCGAUCUACCUGCCACCGCACGCCGUCUCCAUACCCCGGACGGAGGUGCCGAUGGAGGCGAUCAUCGGUGUGCAGAACCGCAACAAAGGAACACCGGGAAUACAGCGCGACUAUUCCUGUCCGGAACUGUGGACAAUCGGGCUGUAUCAGGACGAUGAGCAGCAGCAUCAGCAGCACCAACAGGAGCAAAACUAUUGUAGCGAAAGCACGGAACUACUGCUGCGCAGUGUGCAGCAGGAAGAGCAAAAGUGUCGAGCGGUGCCACUGUCACCGGUCAGCUUCACCUUCUACGAUGACGAUGACAGCGCUUCCAGCACGGUUGGAUCGAUGGCGGUGGAUAGGGGUGACCAGCAGCAGCGGAAACCCGACGAGCCGCAGCCACAACAGUACCACAGCGAUAACAGUUUGCUGCUGCGAACGGAAGACGACUGGCCAAUGCGGCCGACCCGGAGCCGCAAUCUCAUCCAUCCCGCGCUCAGGCGCUCGAAAGCCACCAAUGCUGGCCCGCCGACCGAUACGCUGGUGACGCGCAGCCGCUCCUUUCAGGAUCAAACCAACAGCAUUCCAAAACGCUUUGUCAAAUCGGCCGCAUACUACAGUCCGCGGUUUUUGACACGAUUUCGCAAGAAGCACCAGGCGCCUCCAUCGAUAAUGCGACGAUCGCCAUCGCCGCUGGAGGCACGGCAGGAGGGGCCACUGAACGGCAGUGAACUUUCCAAGCUGCUGCUUGCCCGUGGUGCGCUAGAGCCGACCACAAUCGCUCCGAUGCGUGCCGCACUCGCCUCGGUGCUUGUACAUGCACCGUCCGGCUCACUGACGUCAUCGUCCGUGUGCGCUUCGGCACCGUUUCGGGUGGCCGUUUGUGGGCUAAAUGGGACCGAUGCCGUGUACGGAAUGGGCACACCGGUGGAACGUUCUUCCUCGUUCGACUGCACGACGGCACCAGCCGCGGCAGCAGCCGUGGGUAAUUUCGGUCACCAUCUGACGGUGGCGUCAGCGAACGAACUGCUUACCUGCGUUGAACCGAGGCGGGUUGUGUCGUACGAUGACGUCAGUGGGUUCAGCUUCAUCGACGACGAUGAUGGUGCCGAACCGAACGGUACCGCUGGCGUCAGUGCAUUCGCGAGGGUGGCCCCCGGUAGUGAAACUACCAACGUGACACCGACCGGAAGAAGCGAUAUCGAUACGGAACGCUUUCGGAGCGUAUUGGAGGCUGGUGCGGUGCCAGACCACGGUACCGUUUCUCACCCACCGACGCAACAUCUUCUCGGCCGCAUUUAUCGCCAGAUGCGCAAGUGUUCGAUGGGUUGGAGCAAAACUGGAUGUCGUGUACGCAGAGCUCGCAGCAUCUCCGAGGAGAUAACGGCGGAGAACCGCUAUCGCGACGAUGAGUACGUACCAAGAGGCGAGAGUAGCGGCUCCGGUACUCACUCGAAGCCAGAUUCUGCGCAUAAGCCCGAUAAAGAUAAGGAUAAGAAAGAUAAGGACAAGGAGGAGCGCGAUGAAGAAACAAUCAAGGUAUUCGACGGAAACUGUUCAUAUCGAAGAAGAAUUUUCAGAGCCAUUAAUGUACCUAGAACAUGCUCGUUGGAACAACUGUUGACCACCGCCUUGAGGGCCUUCCACAUAGCCAGGGAUCCAAAUCUAUUUUUUCUCACUGAUGUCUAUGGCGACGAGGUCAGAUUGCAGGAUCCGAAUCCAGUACCAGGCCUACACCGUGUAGAGGGCAAAAGACCAGCUAUAUACUUAAGAUUUCGUGAUAAGGAGAAUGAUCACGGCUUUGUGCGCGUCUAUCCGGGUAAGCUGCAAGUGGAGAACGCUUACGUUAUCAUACCGGUGGACAACGAUACCACCGUCAAGGAUCUGAUUUGCGAAUCACUCAAAAAGUUCGGCCUCCAGAGCCACCAGAUCGAGGACUACCGCUGUUCGGAGAUACUGCUCGAUCGGGGCGUAACCGAGCGAGUACUGUCGUGGAACGAGCGACCGUGGGAGAUCAUGAAGCAGCUCGGGAAGGAUUCGAUCCGGCAGAUGGAGCUGAUGCGGUUCUAUCUGCAGCUCAAGCAGGACCCGCACGGUCCGAACCUGGCACUGUUCGUUGGCAACCUGCCGCCCGGGCUGUCCCAGCGCAACUACGAGCACAUACUGACGGAGUUUCUGGGCUUCGAGAACAAGUUCAGCAGCAUUGGUCCGAUCUACUACGAGUACGGUUCGCUAGUGAUAACCUACGAAAAUGCAUCCAAAGCUGUACGUGCAUUCCAGGCGCUACGGGAGUCCAAGUAUGAGGAGAAACAUUUGCUCGUGCUGCUGUUGCCCAACAUCGAACCGAGCAUGGUACCGGCCGGUGUCCAACCGUUGCUGGUGUUUGUCAAUGUCAAGUCCGGAGGAUGCCAGGGUCUAGAGCUUAUUAGUAGUUUUCGUAAAUUAUUAAAUCCAUAUCAAGUGUUUGAUUUGGAUAACGGUGGACCACUGCCUGGGCUAUACGUUUUCCGACACAUUCAGGAUUAUAAAAUUCUGGUGUGCGGUGGCGAUGGUACGAUCGGAUGGGUGUUGCAGUGCCUGGACAACGUUGGUCAAGAUUCGGAAUGCUCUAGCCCACCGUGUGCCAUCGUCCCCUUAGGCACCGGUAAUGAUUUGGCACGCGUGCUACGUUGGGGUGCCGGUUACACCGGUGGCGAAGACCCGCUAAAUCUGCUGCGUGACGUAAUAGAUGCGGAAGAAAUACGGCUAGACCGCUGGACGGUAGUCUUCCAUCCGGAGGACAAACCGGAAGAUGCCACACCGAAGGCGCAACCCAACUCAACCGGUAAGAAGAAGAAAAUUCAACAGCAACAGCAACAGCAACAACAACAACAGCAACAGCAACAGCAACAACAGCAACAUCAGCAGAACCAACAACACCAUCACCCAUCGGUGGCAAUCGUGGCCAACCCGGCGCAAGUUGUUGGAGGCGCCCAAAGUGAGGAUAACUCGCAGAUAUUCGUAAUGAACAACUACUUCGGUAUCGGCAUCGAUGCCGACCUGUGCUUGGACUUCCAUAAUGCUCGCGAGGAAAAUCCGAACAAGUUCAACUCGCGGCUACACAACAAGGGCGUGUACGUGAAGAUGGGCCUGCGGAAGAUGGUCGGACGAAAGAUGGUAAAGGAGCUGCAUAAGGAGCUGCGGCUUGAGGUGGACGGGAAGGUUGUGGAGCUACCGCCAGUUGAGGGUAUUAUCAUACUGAAUAUCUUAAGCUGGGGUUCCGGAGCAAAUCCAUGGGGACCGGAAAAGGAGGAUCAGUUCAGCAAACCGAACCACUGGGACGGUAUGCUGGAAGUUGUCGGCGUUACCGGUGUAGUGCAUUUGGGACAGAUCCAGUCCGGGCUGCGCUCGGCCAUGCGAAUAGCCCAGGGUGGUCACAUAAAAAUUCAUCUUCAUUCCGACAUACCGGUGCAGGUCGAUGGAGAACCGUGGGUACAGAGCCCCGGUGAUGUGGUCGUACUAAAAUCGGCAUUAAAGGCAACAAUGUUGAAAAAAAUGAAAGGAAAAAUGAAACGACGCAACACCGAGCCGACGAUGCAGGUGAUGGGUCCGUCGGGGAUCCAGAUGACGCUGGCCGCACCCCAGGAACCCGACGAGGUCGACUCCAAUAAUACAGAUUUUUGAAUAUGGUAUAACGAGCGAUUAAUUUAACGUGCUUCGUCGUUUGCGGGUGUUUCGUGGGGGAAGGAGAA